AUCAAGAACAAAAGAAUUCAACAAUGGCUACAUCGUGGUGCUUCACAUUGGCCAUUUUCGUGGUCAUUCUCUUGGCAAGUCCUAAUGCUAGUUUGGCUACGAUGAAUGUUAUUGAUAAAUGCUGGAGAGGGAAUCCUCGUUGGCGGAAUCAACGGCAACAGCUGGCCACGUGCUCCGUUGGUUUCUCCGGCAAAAUGACUAACAACAUUGGCAAAGGUGUUAUACGCUAUAAGGUCACUGAUCCUUCUGAUGACCCUCUAAACCCGAAGCCAGGGACCCUUCGUCAUGGAGCCACCAUGAUCAAGGGAAAAGUAUGGAUUACUUUCAAAAGGAACAUGCACAUCACACUCCAGAGGCCACUUCUCAUUAGCAGCUUCACCGCCAUCGACGGCCGUGGCGUUAACGUCCAUGUUACUGGCGCAGGGUGUCUUUUGGUGUAUCAAGCAACGGAUGUGAUCAUCCAUGGGUUGCAUAUCCACCAUUGCAAGUCCCAGCCACCUAGCUCUGUGAUGGGUCCAGAUUCAAAGGUGAUACCGCUUGGUCAGAUGGAUGGGGAUGCGAUCAGAUUGGUCACAGCAAAGAAAGUGUGGAUAGAUCACAAUACGUUGUACGAUUGCCAAGAUGGUCUCCUUGAUGUCACUCUGACCAGCCAAAUUAAUUUCAGGGGUGCGACCAUUGCCAAAUUUGUUAAGGAAAGCUAUGUUAACGUAGGCAUAUCUACCUGUGGCACAGGUUGCAGUCAGGGUUCCCUCGUUGCCGUUCUGGCCCCAGUAGAUGGCGAUGCCACCAGCAGCAUGGGAAGUUUUAAUGACUGCUAA